AUGGGAGAAUUCAAAAGUGAUUUACUUAUGGUUCCAGUUCUAAUAGGAGUGAGUGUGGUUGCUGUAACAGCCAUUUUAGCAAAGAUAUUCCUGCCCAGCUUGUUUGCAAACAAGAAAAAGAGCCCACCCAUCACCUUGAAGGAUCCAACACUCAAAUAUUCGCUUAAACUUGUUGACAAAGAGGUAAUCAGCCAUGAUACUCGCAGAUUCAGAUUUGCACUUCCGACCCCAGACCACAUCCUAGGACUCCCAGUCGGUCAGCAUAUAUACUUGACCGCUCGCAUCGAUGGCCAGCUAGUGAUCCGACCGUACACCCCUGUGUCUAGUGAUGAUGACAAGGGUUUUAUGGACCUGGUUGUGAAGGUUUACUUCAAGAAUGUUAACCCCAGAUUUCCAGAGGGAGGUAAGAUGUCACAGUACCUGGAGAACAUGGACAUCGGAGACUACAUAGAUGUCCGGGGACCUAAUGGACUGCUGCAGUAUGUGGGGCAAGGUACUCUGAAGAUCAGACCAGAUAAGAAGGCAGAACCUCAGACGAAGAAGGCGUCAAAGAUAGGCAUGAUUGCUGGAGGAACAGGUAUCACCCCAAUGUUACAGUUGAUCAGACAAGUAUUCAAAGACCCAGAAGACAAGACAAACUUGUGGCUUCUCUUUGCAAAUCAGACUGAAGAUGAUAUUCUGCUGCGUCCUGAGCUGGAGGAGAUCCAGAACAACCACCCAGACCGCCUACAUUUGUGGUAUACUUUGGACAAGCCAGGAAGUGGUUGGAAGUACAGCUCAGGCUUCAUAAAUGAUGAGAUGAUCAAAAGCCACUUGCCCCCACCGGGCCCCGACACAGUGAUCCUCAUGUGUGGCCCCCCACCCAUGAUCAACUUUGCUUGCAUUCCCAACUUGGACAAGCUCGGCUACAAGCCAGACUCCAGGUUUAGCUACUAG